CGACACCUUCUCGACCACUAUCACCGCCGCUCACGCUAGGCGUUACUUGUAGAAGGAUUUUCUCUUUAUUAGUAUUUAAGCGCCAUGGCAACAUUUACUGCUAUAGCUUUGGGUAGGUUGUUAGAACCUGGAGCCUCCAGGUUUGUUGAGGACUCGGGUCCUAAUUUAAAACCACCAAUCCCCAAGCCCAAGCCUAUUACUAACUCAAAGAUGGAUAGGAGCAGCAAUACAUCGGCAACAAGGAAGUUUAUUCUCCCCCAAAUAUCACCUUCCCUCUAUGCUACUCCUGAGGCAACCCCACUACCCGAUUCACCAACUUCUUUUUCUCCUCCUUACAUCAUCAAUCACAAGUGUCGUGCGCCUCACCUUUCGAAGAGCUUUUCCGAGGACAAUGUGUCACCUCGGGAAAAAACCCUUGAAGACGAUGAGAUUAAUGGAGAAGGAAAAUUGGCAGAGAGCAAAUCUGUUGAUCGACUGAAGGAUGGUUUUGUUUUCUUUAGCAUUCCUAAACCUAAUGAAGAGGAACAUGAGAAUGGUGCCGCCCAUAGUUGUCCUAUCAUCAUAGAGCUAUCAUAGAGCUUGAAAACACUUUCCAUGGUGGUUCCAUUCAGGAGCACAUGAAUGAUUUCCAUGAUGGUGAAUUUGGGAGCUAUAAUUGUGAAGUUGAAAGCAGCCAAAUAAAUAAUGGUUUACCUAUGGAUGCUUCUGUGCUGAAGAUUGGACCAUUGAACUUGGAUAGAUGUGACAGUGAAGAUUUCUUUGAUCCGGAUGAAUCAAUAAGUCUAGCAAGUAAUACCGAGGGAGGAGAUGAUAUUGGGGCUGAAAGUGCUGCAAGGUUUGCUACACCAGGAGUAUAGUUUUUUGAUGCAU